AAAGCAACUGUGAUCCAGACUCCAAACGAUUGGUGGCGGUAACGUACCAAAACGUUGUCUGUGUAGUUUCUCAGUCAUCCAGGUCUUAGUUAACUAAAAGUCACCGAAUAACUAAAGACUGGACGUGUAGAUUUAUUCAACAAAUAUAAAAGACCAAUUGCUUUCUUGAGAAAAGUCCAUUUGCGACUGAUUCAACGACUUUCUGACACCGUUACGUUUUUUUGCCUACCGCCAUUUAAGACGUAGAAGAAGAAAGACGAAGAAGAGGAAGAAGGUGGAGAAUUGUUGUUUAUGAUAUGGUUUGCAGAAACUGGCGCAAACUUUUGCAUUAUUAUUACCAUUUUUCUCUCUGUGGAGACAGGGAAGGUUAACGGACUUUAUUGUGGUGUUAAUGCACUUUGACGAGCGACGCGUUGGAGUGAGCUGGAGUAGGAAGCUAAUGCAAACGUUUUAAGGUACAUUAAAUAACCAUUAUAGAACCAGAAAGAAGCCUCCUAAGAGUGGAAAACACCAACAAUGAAAGGGGGACCUUCAAAAACACGGAAAAGGAAACGUAAAACAACAGCAGUAAAUGCCACUUCAAACACCGUUUCAUCUGCAGACACAGAGGAAUUAAAUGCCAUGUUAAGCAGUGACGUUUCAAUCAUCCACCUGUCGUCGGACUGUUCCUCACCAAGCACUCCUCAAAGAUGCACAAGACGAACCGGACUGAGACAAGAUUUCAGCUGGACCUCCUCACCAGUGCAAAGCAGCCUCACUGACAGCCUGACGAGCAUCUCCAAGUCCCCAACAGGAGCAAAACAGGCGGAGCUAGAAUACACCGAGGCAUCGGACGCAGAUUCACAACGCUGCAAAUCAAAGUCUAUUCGCAAACGCAGGAGGCGUUCUGAUUCACAGCCAAGACAACUCCGAACCAGGGGCCAGAAGGAGCAAAAACAAACCUCUAGUAAAACUAGAGAACCACAAAUCAAGUGCCAGAAUGAGAGACAGACUUUACAGGGGGAUACCACUCAACGCUCAAGACCAAGAUUUGAACUAAAGCCUGAUGCAGCAGAAGAAGAUGAGUUAUUGCUGUCUUCAGAUCUGUCGAUACAGCUGAGUCCUUACGAGGAACGGCUGCCGUCUUGGUCUUUCCAGGAAGAACCGGAAACUGAGGAGGAACCGGAGGAAGAUCUGCCUAGUUUCUUGAUGGAGAUGAACAAAAAGCCCCCGUCCAUUACAGAAGGAGCAUUUGUGUGGCACAAAAUAAGAAAUUAUCCGUUCUGGCCUGCAUUGGUAAAAAGUAUGAAACGUAAGCAUAGAAAGGCCAGCGUAAUAUUCAUUGAUGACCUAAUGAUUCACCAAAAGAAAGGGUUUUCUGUAGGUCUGAAAACUCUAAAGCCUUUUGACUGCAAAGAAGCUGAUGAGCUGGUGUGUAGAGCCAAAGAAAAGUAUGACGCAGCAAUUAAGUGGUCCAUAGACCUUAUAAAGGACUACACAAUACGGAUUGCAUGUGGCUCAUUUUCUGGCUCUUUCAUCGAGUACUUUGCUCAUGACAUAAGCUAUCCUGUGAGGAGAAUGUACCCACAGGAAUCCUCGGAGAGACUCACAAUCUCCAGCGAUUCGAUGCUGGUGGAUUCAUGUGAUGACGAUGCUCUUGACGAUGACUCCAGUGAACAGCUGGAGAACGUCACCUGUUGUUCAAAACGGCUGCUGCCGGACCGGACUCAAUCUGUCCACAACCGUGCUACUCUAAAACUUGUAGAUUUCAUUGUCAAGCAGCACAAGGUGGAGGAACGCCUUCUGGCUGUUCUCCGUGGACAGCAGCAGUCCAGAUGGCUUCGCUUCUUUCUGGGGAGCAAUCGGAGACGCGUGGUGAACACGUACCUGGAAGAUGAGGAUCAGUUAGACCAGGUAUACUGGUACCUAAACGAUCUGUACGCCAUGGAGAUCGCCAGCACUCAUUGCCUAGCUGAGGUGGUAUUCACUGACCGAGUCCCCUUUGUCCUGGAUGUGCUUCUUCCUGAGGCCAUCAUCUAUGCUAUUGCUGGGGUUGAUAAUGUCUCGGUGAAAAAGGCAGAGGAAAAGUACCUGAAAGGACGAUGUUUAAGCAACAGGGAAAGACAGGAGUUGGACGAGAUGAUUGUGCGGCAGAUGAGGAAAAGACAUCAAAAGACUACAUUUUCAUUUUCCCCUGAGACUCUCAGUUAGAGCUGUUGAAGCAUUAGAGCUUGGUAAAGCAGAAACUUCAAUUUAUUUUUGUAUGGUCUGUUUUUCUUACGUAGCAGUAAUGGCAGUGUGAAUCCAGAAGAUGGCUAUUGAAAUAUCAGCAUGAUAAUCAUCAACAUUUAAUCACAAAAAUAUUCACACUGCCAUAUAUCAUUGUCCAGGCUCGUAGGAUAUUGCAGGAUAACGUGUGUAGUACCAUGGGUUAUCCUGCAAUUACCAGCCUUGACUGACAGUUCUGCCAAAUUAAACACACCUCAGUUUCAUGAAAAUUGUUAUGUUCCAUCACGAACUUGGAAACCAUGCUCAGUAUGUCCAUUCGUGAAAAUGUUCAAGCAUCUCCUUCAAACUGUGCAAACUCUUCUUGUAUACUUUUCAUUACUCAGACUUCAUUUGCAUAUCGAGAAAUUUACACAUUGAAAAGUGAUGUUGCUGGUUUCACUGUUGUCAGCCAUGUCGGGUGGUAAAGUGUCAAUGUAACAACAAUAAUAUAAUAAAAUAAAAUGUGCUGGACUUUUCUUGAUACCGAUGUAACGCUAUAAAUUGUAUUAAUUAUAGUUGUGUUAUUUACACCAAACCAGUGUCACUCUUGUUGUGUUUGUUGUUACAUUAAAGGGCAGUUAAAUCACAGAAGUGGUUUAGUUUUUUUAGUUUUGUUUUCAAAGUGAAGUACUAAGUGUGGUGAUACUGAACUUGAUUUAAACACGUUUGCAACCACUUUCAUGAUUUUGGUUUUUAAACUUCAUAACUGAUGUGCAAAUGUGCAUUACAUUUGCAAUUGUCAACGCCAAAAUUAAACCAAACAACUUAGGCUCAUCUAGAAUUCUUCACUAUGUUAAAAUAUUUCUUGCAACUUUUACUCCACUACGUUUCCUCUAUCUUUGUUUCUUGAUACUACCAAAUAAAAUCAGAACA